AGACGAUCAGAUUCAGCUUCAGACCAAACUAACACCUUCCUCUGAGUGAGUCCAGCUACAGGAGAGAAAAGUGGAAACUACAACACUGCUGCUUCAAGCUGCUGACUCUCCACACACUGAAGGUGAGUUUGACCAAAAUCAGGAAGUUAGUAGAAGACGGAGGAGACAUGACUGACUGGACUUUGUGUCUGCUGUGUUCCAGCUUCACUCAGAGACUAAAUGGCUUCCAGAUCAGAGGAGGAUCUCUGCAGUCUGCACUCUGAGAAACUCAGACUCUUCUGUCUGGACCAUCAGCAGCCAGUGUGUGUCGUCUGCAGAGAUUCACAAAAACACUCCAACCACAGAUUCAGUCCCAUCGAUGAAGCUGCACCACAGCACAAGAAGAUCCUUCAGGAAACUCUGGAGCCCUUAAAGGAGAAGUUAAAGGUUUAUGAAGAAGUUAAAGUGAAGUUUGAUGAAACAGAAAAACACAUCAAGGUCCAGGCCCGACACACAGAGAGGCAGAUUAAGGAGCAGUUCAAGAAGCUUCACCAGUUUCUAGCAGAGGAAGAGGAGGCCAGGAUGGCUGCACUGAGGGAGGAAGAGGAGCAGAAGAGUCAGAUGAUGAAGGAGAAGAUGGAGGCUCUGAGCAGAGAGAUAGCAGCUCUUUCAGACACAGUCAGAGCCACAGAGGAGGAGCUGAGAGCUGAAGACGUCUCAUUCCUCAACAACUACAAGGCGGCAGUGGAAAGAGUCCAGCGCUGCCCCCUGCUGGAUGAUCCACAGCUGCCCUCAGGAGCUCUGAUAGACCAGGUCAAACAUCUGGGCAACCUGGCCUUCAACAUCUGGAACAACAUGAAGGACCUGGUCUCCUACACUCCUGUCAUUCUGGAUCCAAACACUGCUCAUCCAACACUGAUCCUGUCUGAAGAUCUGACCAGUGUGAGAGGAGGAGAUGAACAACAGCAUCCCGAUAAUCCAGAGAGGUUUGAUUCUUACUGUUCUGUCCUGGGCUCUGAGGGCUUUAACUCAGGGACUCACAGCUGGGAUGUUGAUGUUGGAGAAAACACAUUCUGGUAUCUGGGUGUGUCAGCAGAGUCUGUCCAAAAGAAGGGAGACAUAGGAUCUGGAUUGUGGGGAAUAAGGUUGUUUGGAGGUAAAUACUCCGCAGAUUCACCUCCAGCUCCUCUCAAUGUUCUCUCAGUAAAGAAGAAGCUCCAGAGGAUCAAAGUGAAUCUGGACUGGAACAGAGGAAAUCUGUCCUUCUCUGAUCUUGAUACUAACACACACAUACACACCAUAAAACACACUUUCACUGAGAGGAUGUUUCCAUUCAUUAACAAUGGGGAUAAACUCCCAGUGAAGAUUUUACCAGUGAAUCAGAUCAGUUAGAGAUUAACAUUGUGAUUAUAAGUGUGUGCAGUGUUGUAACAGCUAAUCAUCUGCAUCUCCUAAUCAUAUAAAUUGUAGUUUUGUCGUCAUGGUGUCGGGUCAAAAUGUCACUGGAACCAAUGAAAACACAUUUAAUAUCUGGUGGUGGAGGUAGAUCAUUGUGUUUAGAGUUUAAAAUCAUUGUAUGUUGAAGUCACAUGUUGAAGUUAGGGAUGAUAAGUUUCUCUACAAAAGGAGCUGUAGCAUCAGUACAUGAGAGGAAACCACCAACAUCUGAGAAAUGAACUGGUUCUGUUCUGAAUGGGAUUAGAUUAGACCCUGAUCAGCUGUUACCAGUAACAUUUAGUUCGAAGGACUCACAGACUGGACACAAGGACUCAUUGACUUUAACUCCUCACUGAUACGAACUAAUGAUUCAUUUUCUUGAUUGAAUAAAUUCACAUGUAUAAUAUAUCUGUUUCAUGUGUGUAAGUGGGUUCUCUUUGUCAACUUGUGUGAAAAUUUGUUGAUGUGUUGAAUAAUUUUUAUGUAGAAAAGUAAAAAAAUAAUAAAAGAUGUAAAAAAAAAA